UUUGAAGGUGGGCUGAGCGUCGGAAUCUGACGACAGAGUGGGCUGUGCCCUCGGGCCGAGGCAGCUCUUACAUUCUCCUGAAUGACUACAUUUGCUCGUGCAGUUCCCGGCAGCAGCAACAGUGUGGUGCUCUGGGUCUCCAGCUCUGCCCGGCAGCUGAAAUCUCCAGCUCGCUGAACAUCUGCAGGACAAAUUUCCCAUGUUCUCCCGUAUCUGAAUGCUGCCUGACUGCACCGGGAACAUGGGCACGGGGGAUUAUCUCUGCAUUGCUAUGAGCGGAGGGGCGCCUUGGGGCUUUAGACUGCAAGGUGGCAAGGAGCAAAAGCAGCCUUUGCAGAUCGCCAAGGUCCGCAGCAAAAGCAAAGCAGCCAAGGCCGGGCUGUGUGAGGGGGAUGAGGUGGUGUCCAUCAACGGCAAGCCCUGUGGAGACCUGACCUAUGCUGAGGUCAUCGUUCUCAUGGAAAGCCUGACUGACGUCCUGCAGAUGCUUAUCAAGAGACCCUCCAGUGGAAUCAAUGAAACCUUGAGUGCUGAAAGAGCAAAUGGAAAGCCCGAGAACGUGAAAAACGAGGACUACAGGGAGAACACCACACUGCAAAUUAACAGAGCGACAGAGAUACCCCGUGGAGAUUUAUGCAUCACAGAGAUAUACAGUGGCACUCACCAGGGAGCAGCAGAAAGCAACGUAAACUUUUCUGAGACAAAACAAGACACCACACAAAGCCCCAAAAUCACUCCUAAAGUGAUAGGCGCCUCCAAAGUGCUCGUGGCAGACGAGGCUGCUCUCAGAGGGAAGACAGAAGAAAGAAGGCCAGGUACUGUGGUGGAGCUGCAGCUGUCCCUCUCCAAUGACACAAACAAGGGCACCAGUGCUCCUGCUGUGACUCUCCUGGGGGCAGAGAAAGGCCCCCCUUCAGCACGAGGAGCCAGUGGACAACAGGACGGGACCAGCCCCCUCAUUGCAAUCCCCCUGGCCGGGAAAGAGGGGCACGUCCAGUGGUCAAACAAAGUAGUCCAGUUUUCCAGCAGCAAAGAGGUCAAGAGGAUCCAAGGUGCAGUUCCAUCUAUCCCCAGGGUGGAGGUGAUCCUAGACUGUUCAGACAGGGAGCAGGAAGCGCCCAGGUCUCUGUCUGACAGGGGGUGUGUUGAUUCUCAAGCAGAAGGAGGGCAGUCAGAAGCACCUCCUUCCCUCCUCUCCUUUGCAAUCUCACCAGAAGGCACAGAGCAGGGAGAAGACAACAAGCCCUCGGAAAAGGAACACAGACCUCUCAAGCACAGGGCAAGGCACGCAAGGCUCCGACGAAGUGAGAGCCUGUCGGAGAAGCAGGUCAAGGAAGCCAAAUCUAAAUGUAAAAGCAUUGCACUGCUGCUGACAGCAGCUCCCAACCCCAACUCCAAGGGGGUGUUGAUGUUCAAGAAGCGCCGCCAAAGGGCGAGGAAAUACACUUUAGUGAGCUACGGCACGGGGGAGUUAGAACGGGACGAAGACGAGGGCGAGGAGGGCGAAGGUGAAGAGGGGGACAAAGAAAACACCUUCGAAGUGAGUUUGCUUGCCACCAGCGAGUCAGAAAUAGAUGAAGAUUUCUUCUCUGACAUUGACAAGGACGGUAAGAUCGUGACCUUUGACUGGGACAGUGGUCUACUGGAGGUUGAGAAGAAGACAAAGAGCGGAGAGGAGAUGCAGACGCUCGCAGACAGCACAGGGAAAGGGGCCCUCAUGUUUGCCAAGAGACGGCAGAGGAUGGAUCAGAUUACAGCGGAGCAAGAGGAGAUGAAGGCCAGCACGGUGCAGACAGAGGAGCACAGGGAAAGCACGGUGACAGAGAACUUCCAGAAAGUAAGCUCUUCGGUCUAUCAAUCAAAGGAGGAGGAAACAUCAAGACAGCAGACCUGCAUGAGCAAAAGCUACACAGACGUGAGCCAGAACCACAGCAAAACGGUGCAACAGAACGGCUUUGGCUUAGCACCAGGCACAAACCUCCCUUUUCAGUCCUCUGGAGCCCCCAAAGCACCAUCUUUGAAUAUAACAGCUAAACCCUUCCCUUCCGGGGUUCAAAACAGAGCAGCUGCACCGUUUUCACCUGUCCGAAAUGUCACUAGUCCUCUUUCAGAUGCAGCAGCACCGCCUCCCUACUGCUCUGUCAGCCCACCGGCCGAGGCUUUCUACAGACCUGUCUCAGCUCCUGUGGCCAGCAAGGCUGCCCCAAGUCUGUGGGCGCCCCCGGAGCCCACGGAACACAUAGCGUCCAGGGACGAGAGGAUUGCCGUGCCAGCCAAAAGAACUGGCAUACUGCAGGAGGCCAAGAGAAGAAGCACUUCAAAACCCAUGUUCAACUUCAAAGAUGCACCCAAAGUAAGUCCUAAUCCCGCCCUGUUGUCCCUCGUACACAACUCGGAGGGCAAAAAGGGUGCUGGAGCUGGUUUUGAGUCAGGACCCGAAGAAGACUACCUCAGUUUGGGAGCAGAAGCUUGCAAUUUCAUGCAGACUCAAGCAUCUAAACAAAAGGCCCCUCCUCCCGUUGCUCCAAAACCUUCACUCAAGGUCUCUCCUUCCGCCGGUGCUCCAGUUUCACCGGUUUGGUCACCUUCGGCUGCGGCUUCUAACAAGGCUCCCUCUUUCCCAGCACCAGCCUCACCUCAGGCAGCGUAUCCUGCACCACCGAAAUCUCCGCAGUACCCUCAUUCUCCCACCCAUCCCCCAAGUACUCUCAACUUAGCCGGUCCUUUCAAAGGGCCCCAGGCGAGCCUGGCAAGUCCCAGCUGUGCCCCGAAGUCAACGCCAGUCACACCAGGCGCCGGGGAAACGAAGCCCCCCUUUGAGAUGCCACCGGCCAUGAGCGGGAAAGGAGCACAGCUGUUUGCCAGGAGGCACUCCCGGAUGGAGAAGUACGUGGUGGAUUCAGAGACUGUGCAGGCAAACAUGGCACGAGCCUCAUCUCCAACUCCGUCUUUGCCAGCUUCCUGGAAAUACUCAUCCAACGUCCGAGCACCUCCACCUGUUGCUUACAAUCCCAUCCACUGCCCGUCUUACCCUCCUGCUGCUUCCAAGGCUUCCUCUAAGUCUGCUGCUGCCACCAAAAACACGAAAAGAAAACCUAAGAAAGGUCUCAAUGCUUUGGAUAUUAUGAAACAUCAACCUUAUCAGCUCGAUCCGUCUUUAUUUACUUUCCAGCCUCCUAAGGAAAGCCUUGCCAUGAAGCAGACAUCGAAGCUGUCCCCUUCCAAGCAAGCUCUACCUUUGCCUCCCUUCCUCCCACCCGGUGCUGGCUCUCCCACCAGGGCCCGGCCAUCUUCAGUGUACUCUGUGCCAGCCUACGGUUCCCAGCCUCCGUUCCAGUCCAAUGCCUCUCUCCCAGUCAAUGAAUCCUAUUCACCUACAGGCUACUCCGCAUUUUCUAAGCCAGAAACCACCACCCCCUCUUUGUUUACCGCUCCGAGGCCAAAAUUUUCAGCCAAGAAAGCUGGAGUCACCGCACAGGGAAGAAGCAGCGGCCGCUCGUUAUCACUUCCUGGGAGACCUUCUUCAUUCAUCCCUCGAGCCCCGUCUCCUACUUCUCCUCUUAUAUUCCAGCCCGCCCCCGAUUACUUCAGCAAGCCAGACGCAGCAGCUGACAAGCCUGGCAAAAGACUGACUCCCUGGGAAGCGGCAGCACGAUCUCCCCUCGGCCUGGUGGAUGAAGCUUUCGGCCCCCAAAACAUGCAGGAAUCCAUCGCUGCUAACGUGGUAUCGGCCGCCCGCAGGAAAACGCUUCCCGAGCCACCAGAGGAAUGGAAACAAAAGGUUUCUUACGAGCCUCCGGCCACAGGUGGUAGCGCAGCCUUGCUGGGGGGGAAGCAAUCGGGUGUCGUGCCACCCCAAAAAAGCUCCCUGUCUGCCCCCUCUGCCCCCUCCCAGGCUGGCUCCCAGCUGCAGUAUCCUUACUGCAGCCAGCGCUCCCGAACAGAUCCCGACAUAAUGUCCGUGGAUUCCAGGUCUGACUAUUGCCUGUCAACAGCUGAUUCAAACUACAACCCACAGCCAAGGGGAUGGAGACGUCCAACAUGAGCAGCCGAAGGGCCUGCUGCGUUUUGCCUUCUUCCAGCUCUCCAAGCCUUAAGAUCUGAGCUGGAGAAGGAAGGUUUCUCGCUGGCCUGACCAUCUCUGAACUAAAGAAGUGAGGAGGCAGAAUUGAAUGGAGCACAGUUUUCACGUGACUGCAGGGCUUGCAGCCUCUAGAAUAGACUCAGUUUUACACCUAAGAUUGUUCAGUUUGUCAAAAGGGCAAAAAUACACAUUUCUUGGGGUGAAGGGGAGGGGGUGAAAGCAGGGCAAUCCAUGUGCUGGAUGCGAAAAUCUAGAAAGGACGUAGAAAGUGACAGUACAAGGGCUUGCAGUUGAGCUAAUGUGAA